UUCAUAUCUGAGCUAAAAAUCUUUGCACUUGACAAAAACAAUGGAAUCCUUACAUUUAAGAGGACCUCCACGUCCCCCUUUACCUCCUCCUUCUUCUCGACCCGAAUCCCAACCCAAACCCGAAUCCAUCAAACUCAAAAACGGCGUCGUUGCAACCCCAAAACUCAUCCACACUCUCCGCAAAAAACAAAUUCAAAAAAACAGGCGCCGCAAUCCUCAAACCAACCAAACCCCAGAUGAAAACCAACAACAAGAAGUUGACUUUGAAACCUUAAAAGCUGAAUUCAAUACUUUUAAUAAAGCAAUCUUGAAAGCAACUAAAAGUAACCAAGAUUUCGACUUAAACGGUGUCGUUUCUUCGUCUUUAGUAGGGAAGCCAUGGGAAAGAUUGGAGAGAAGCGAGUUGAUGGGGUACGCGAAUGCGAAUAAAGAGUUUGUGGGGAGUGAAGGGAAUUUAAAGUAUGAACAUUUGGAAGAAUUGAGUGAGUUUAUUGAAAAAGAAAGGGAUAAGUUUAAGUGGAUUUUGGAUGAUGAUAUUGAAUUUGAUGAUGAAAUGUUGGAAAAUAAGAAAAAUGAGAAUUGGGUACCCCCUGUACGAAAACUUAGUGAUGCCCAAUCCAUUCGGUUUCUCGUUGAUAGGCUUAGUGGAACAGAGAUGAGUAUGAAGAACUGGAAGUUUGCUAAGAUGAUGAAACAGUCGGGAUUGCAGUUUACGGAAGAUCAGUUGUUGAAGAUUGUUGGUGGACUUGGUGAUAAAGGUCAAUGGAAGCAUUCGUUGUCUGUUGUGAACUGGGUUUAUAAUUCUAAAGAGCAUAGGCAUUUUAAAAGCAGGUUCGUGUACACAAAACUCUUGUCAGUUUUGGGAAAAGCAAGAAGACCCCAUGAAGCCCUUCAAAUCUUUAAUUUCAUGCGAGCUGAUUACCACAUAUAUCCCGAUAUGGCUGCAUAUCACUGCAUUGCCAUUGCACUUGGUCAAUCUGGUCUUUUAAAAGAACUGGUGAAUGUAAUUGAUUGUAUGAAGCAACAACCUUCAAAGAUAGCCAAGAAAACUCGACGAAAAAACUGGGACCCGGUUCUCCAGCCAGACUUGGUGGUAUAUAAUGCUGUGCUUAAUGCUUGUACAUUGUCUGGUGAUUGGAAAGGGGUGUCAUGGGUAUUUGAGGAGUUGAGAAGCAAUGGUUUGCAGCCCAGUGGAGCAACUUAUGGACUUGCAAUGGAGGUCAUGAUGGCAUCCGGGAAGUAUGAGCUUGUACAUGAGUACUUUGAGAAGAUGAAGAAAAGUGGGAAUCCUCCUAAAGCCCUAACUUAUAAAGUACUGGUCAAGGCUUUUUCAAAAGAAGGUAAAGUUGAUGAGGCGGUAGAAGCGGUGAGGGAUAUGGAACGGAAGGGUGUUGUUGGAGCCGCCUCUGUAUAUUGUGAACUAGCGUUUUGUCUUUGUUACAAUGGAAUGUGGCAAGAAGCUAUUGUGGAGAUUAAAAAGAUGAAAAGACUUACUCUAACCAGACCUUUGGUGGUUACCUUCACUGGCAUGAUAUUGUCUUCCAUGGAUGGAGGGCAUAUUGGGAAUUGUAUACGAAUCUUUGAUAUCAGUAAGGAGUAUUGUGCUCCUGACAUCGGAAUUAUAAAUGCUAUGCUCAAAGUUUACGGGCGGAACGAUAUGUUUUUUGAAGCCAAAGAGUUAUUUGAGGAUACGAAAAGAUCUAAUGGACAUAACAUUAGCCUGGGUCGUGAUGGUCCGUUUGUUAGCCCGGAUGCAUACACUUAUGGAGAAAUGCUAAGAGUAUCUGCUAGUGCCCAUCAGUGGGAAUAUUUUGAUUAUGUUUACAAGGAAAUGGUUUUUUCUGGAUAUCAGCUUGAUCAAAAUAAACAUGCAUUUCUGCUUGUUGAAGCAUCUAGGGCUGGAAAGACCCAUCUAUUGGAUCAUGCAUUUGAUGUGAUGCUGGAAGCAGGUGAAAUACCACCAUCGUCAUUCUUUGUUGAAAUCAUAUGCCGGGCUAUGAUCCAAGAUGAUUUUGAUCGAGCUUUGACCAUUCUUAAUAGCAUGGCCCAUGCCCCAUUCCAGGUUCGAGAAAAGGAAUGGAGGGGAUUGUUUGAGGAGUACAAAGGUAAAAUCACACGGUCUCAUUUGAGAAAACUGUAUGACAAAAUUGGUACUCGUGAUGUAGCAAUGGAAGCUUCGGCCUAUAAGUUAACAAGACUAUUGCAAUCACUUUGUGGGUCAAAGUCGAACAAUUCUUAUCGGGGGAAUUCAAGUUCAAGCAGUAACACCAUACAAGAGUCAGAUUCAGAGUCAACUUCAGAUGUCAAAGGGCAGAAACUACACAGUAUAAUGGAGCAUUUUGCUGAUGAGUUGACUCUCGAAUCAGUUAAAAAUUUCCCUGAUGAAAGGUCAACGUUGACUAGUAAUGGGAGAUCAGAUGAUGAUUAUGAUUCAGAGGAUGAUUUCUUGGUUGAUGAAUUCGGGGAACUGGAUGAAUCAAAGAGAAACAAGUUGCCAUCUGCAGACGGUAUACUGGAAAAUUGGAAGGAAAGUAUGAUGAAAGAUGGUACAUUUUUGCCAUUUCAAGUUGGAAGGAAGUGAUUCCAGAUAUAAUUUUGCAUUACAAGUGUGCAAAUGAGUGUUUUAUGUUGUAAUUUUUGUAAAAGCUUGUAUGUAUGAUCCCUAUACUACUUAGUCUACUUAGCAUCUAGUUGUGAGUUUCAUAAUGCAUAGUUAGAGAAAUUUCUUGGUAUAUAAGUGGCUAAGAUGAGCAGAAUAAAAAUCGUUUACAUUUUGUUCGAUAUU